CUUAAACCCAAAGCAACGUUGCUCGGACAGUCAGAUCAGAUCAAACCAACCUCCUCUGCUUCUUGUUCCUCCACUCUCCUUCUAGAACCAUCUGGAAGCAACCGUAGCAAUGCCGCUCCACCACCCCAAGCACCGCCACCACGACGACGACCUCCUCCCCUACCGCCGCUCCGAUGAUGAGGCCAAGCCGCGGCGGCCCUACACCCCCACCUUCCCCUCCUCCCCCGCCUCCGCUAACCGCCUCCUCCUCUUCUUCGCCGUCGCCUGCCUCGCCCUCGCCGCCGCCUCCUUCGCCUUCGCCAUCUCCACCAGCCGUAACCGCCAGCCCCUGCCGCAGCCUCCGCCUACUGUCGCCUUCCGCUGCGGACGCGCCGAGGACUCGCUCCGCUCCUUCCUAGCGGCCUCCUCGCACGGCAACUUCUCCGCCAGCGACAGGGAGAAGGUGCUCGCUGUCGUUGGCGUACACACGGAGCACGGCAACAUCUCCGCUGCCCGACGCGCUGCGCUCCGCGCUACCUGGUUCCCGCCCAACCCCGAAGGCAUCGUAAGUUUAGAACAUGGAACUGGAUUGUCUUUUAGGUUUGUCACUAGACGGCCAAAGGACAAAGAUAAAAUGGAAGAUCUUCAGAAAGAGGCGGAUACUUAUCAUGACUUUUUGUUUAUUGAUGCUGAUGAGGACACAAAGCCCCCACAGAAGAUGUUAGCAUUUUUCAAAGCAGCUUACCACAUGUUCAAUGCAGAAUUCUAUGUCAAAGCUAAUGAUGAUAUCUACCUGCGCCCAGAUAGACUUGCUGCUCUUCUUGCAAAAGAAAGAGCUCAGCACAAGACAUACAUUGGUUGCAUGAAGAAGGGACCAGUUGUCAAUGAUCCAAAUAUGAAAUGGUACGAAAGUUCUUGGGAACUUUUGGGUAACGAGUACUUCAUGCAUGCUUCUGGUUCACUAUAUGCUCUUUCUUCUGAGGUGGUUGAAGCUCUAGCUACUACAAAGAGUGAUAGCUUAAGGAUGUUUGAUUACGAAGAUGUUACAGUCGGCGCAUGGAUGCUUGCUAUGAAUGUAAAGCAUGAAGACAACAGAGCAAUGUGUGAUUCAAUAUGCACUCCUACCUCCAUUGCUGUAUGGGACAGUAAGAAAUGUUCAGGUACUUGUAACAUAGCUGACAAAAUAAAGCAGCUCCAUAACACCACUGUGUGCUCAAAGAGCCCAACGUUGCCACCUGAGGUGGAGGAGGAAGAAUAGAAACCAAAACAAUUUUUGCCCUUCAAAGGGUUAUGACGGUGGUGCUCCAAUUGGUGCACUGGAUUUGUCAACUCAUUUUCAUACUGCUGUAUGGUUCGCUGGCCUUGUUCCAACAGCGGCACAGUAGAGUUCGUGGAGAAUCGAUGCCAUCACAUGACGCAUAGUAUUGAGUCUAUACCGUAACCUUGUUGACCAACGUAAACAGCAAGCGACCAACAUGAGGUUCAGAUGAAGUGAUGUACCUGAUGGGACCAAUGGGCCACAGUGAUAUCUUGGCUGGAUGAUGUGUUGUUGUAUGUAUAUAUGUUGUACACAGAGUGACCUAUGCGGUCUCAUUAUAUUCUUCGCUGAUCAGAUCAUGGAUAUCUUACGAUUUGUUUUCUGAGACUCAUAUGUGCACGCGUUCGUUUUUGCACUUAUGCCGUUUGGAGACAACAAA